CGCUCGUCGUUGAGGGCGGCGCCGCGCACGACGAGAAGGAAAUGGUCAAGGACAUGAAGAACUGGCUGAAGAAGGGCCAGAACCAGGUCAAGAAGGUUAUCUUGAUUAUCUGGAUCAUGCUGCCUGGCGGCAUCAUGGGUGGCCGCAUCGAGGUCUAUGAAAUGGACGAGAAGAAGAAAAAUACGGUGCUGGUGGAUGAAUCUACGUACCGGAGGACCCAGAUUCGGAGUCGCAGUCGGUGCGGUUGACGUUGGGGGAGCUGUACAGCACGAAAGCGGACCGGCUGCCCCCGCACGAGCGCGAGAUCAUCAUCGACAUGCAGAUCGAGAAGUUGUGCGAUGACGCGGUCGAGGCGAUCGGGUCGUCGAACCUGCAGUGCGCCGACCCGGACGUGGGGCUGUGGCACUUCCAGAACCCGCAGCGGCUGCUCGCGAGCGAGAAAGAUGGCCCUGGGGGCGGCAGCGGCAGAAGCAUCAACUCACAUAAUACCAAUGGCAGCUACAAUACAACCAUCGACAACUCCAACCGUGCCGUGCAGAACUUUCAUUUCUACCACUUUCCUACUUCCCCAACAGACUUCCUCACAUACAUGCACAACAUGAUGCAGAAGCUCCCGGCGUUCACCGCCGACUACCCAACCAUGGAGGCGAAAGCGCGGAAAUUCGCGAGCAACAUCAACCCCGCGCUGCGCGACCUGCACCUCGCGCAGCCGGACACCUUCAACCUGACCAAAGUCGCGCUGUACGACGUGAUCAUCCUCUGCGACGACAGCGGCUCCAUGAACCUCGGCAACCGCAACGCGCUGCUGGCAGAGACGAUCGACCGGAUCCUGCCGGUGGCGACUCGGCUGAACGAGGCCGGCGUCUCCCUGCGCUUCAUCAACUACAAUCAGGACCGCGAGUUCAACGACUUGACGUCGCAGCCGCAGGUGGCGAAGACGCUGCGUAUGGUGUCGCCCGCGGGGACGACGCGGAUCGGGACUGUGCUACGGCAUAAAAUCGUUAAGCCCAUACUCGCGAAGGCGAGGGCGAAUACGCUGGUUUCGCCCGUGUUGGUGGUUAUUGUUACGGAUGGAGAGCCGUCGAGAGAACCACUCGACACCCUCAAAAACACUAUCAUCUCGUGCAAACACGACCUCGACGAGAUUACGAACGCGUCGGGCAGCGCGUACGGUCGCUCUUCGGUGGUAUUCCAACUAUCGCACGUAGGCGACAACGCGGACGCGGAGCAGUUCGUGCACAGCCUGUCCGUAGACCCAGAGCUCGAGGGCAUGGUCUACUGUAACCUCAAAAAGCUCGAUGAGCAGCUCGCUAGUGGGUCGUCGGCGACGAAGAAUCGUUCGUUGCUGGAAUUGUUGUCGGUUGCGAUUAAUAGGUCGUGAUCAGUGCGUGAUGAGUGGAUGCCGGAGGGGGAGGUUUGUCUGAUUGGAGAGUGUAUUAUGCGUGAUUAAUGAUCGACGACGACGAUUGAUGUUGAUGAUGAUUUAUGAUGAUUUAUGACGGUU